AGUAGCAACUCUGAAAUGGGGAUCGGGAACUUGGAGAACUAUUACCACUUUCACCACAGCAGAACGAUCAAGCGCUCGACGCUCAGCAGCCGUGGCCAGCACAACUUCCUCCGGAUGGAUCCCAAGGUGAAGUGGCUACAGCAGCAGGAAGUGAAACGAAGAGUUAAGAGACAUGUCCGAGGUGACUCUCAUUUGAUUCACUUCAAUGACCCGAUGUGGUCUAAAAUGUGGUAUGUGCACUGUGGAGAUAAAAACAAUCCCUGCCGGUCAGACAUGAAUAUUCUAGCCGCCUGGCAGAGAGGAUACACUGGCAAAAAUGUGGUGGUGACCAUUCUUGAUGAUGGCAUAGAGACCAGUCAUCCUGAUCUUGUAGAGAACUAUGAUCCUCAGGCGAGCUAUGAUGUCAAUGACAAUGACUGUGACCCAAAUCCACGCUACGAUGCCAGCAACGAGAAUAAACAUGGCACACGCUGUGCUGGACAAGUGGCAGCGAAGGCAAACAACUCCAAUUGUGUAGUAGGCAUCGCGUACAAUGCAAGAGUCGGAGGCGUUCGGAUGUUAGAUGGCGAUGUGACCGAUGUUGUUGAAGCAAAGUCGCUUGGCAUCAGACCCGAUUACAUUGAUAUUUACAGCGCAAGCUGGGGGCCAGAUGAUGAUGGGAGGACGGUGGAUGGACCCGGUGAAUUGGCCAAACAGGCUUUUGAGUACGGCAUUAAAAAGGGUCGUAAGGGUUUGGGCUCCAUUUUUGUCUGGGCCUCAGGAAAUGGCGGCAGAGAAGGCGAUUACUGCUCUUGUGAUGGCUACACCAACAGCAUCUACACCAUCUCCAUCAGCAGCAGCACGGACAGUGGGCUCAAGCCAUGGUAUCUAGAGGAAUGCACGUCCACUCUCGCGACCACCUACAGCAGCGGGGCAUUUUACGAACAAAAAAUUGUUACUACAGAUUUAAGACAUGGCUGCACAGAAGGUCACACUGGAACCUCCGUGUCUGCACCCAUUGUGACGGGCAUCAUCGCUUUGGCUUUAGAAGCAAACCCCUCGCUGACCUGGAGAGAUGUUCAGCAUCUGAUUGUGAAAACCUCCAGGCCACUGCAUCUGAAAGCAAACGACUGGAAAACAAAUGGAGCAGGGCGCAAAGUUAGCCACCUAUAUGGAUAUGGUCUGGUGAACGCCGAAGCUCUUGUAAUGGAAGCCAAGAAAUGGAAGAAAGCACCUAUGCAGCAUGUCUGCACGGAAAGCUCAGAUAGGACAAGCAGAGACAUCCCUGCUGGCCAGACUGUGAGUACAACCAUCGUGACCGAUGCCUGUGCCAACCACUACGACCAGCGUGUGGUGCACCUGGAGCACGUCGUUGUGCGAGUUAGCAUUGAGCACCCUCGGCGCGGGGACCUGCAGAUUAACUUAACUUCCCCUUCGGGGACGGAGUCUCAGCUCUUGGCAAGAAGAGUGUUCGAUCUCUCUAAUGAAGGAUUUAAAAACUGGGAAUUCAUGACCGUGCACUGCUGGGGGGAGACAGCAGAAGGGGAAUGGACUCUGAAGAUCCAUGACACGCCAUCCCAGAUGCGCAACCCAGAGAGGCAAGGGAAGUUAAAGAAAUGGAGUCUCAUUUUAUAUGGAACAGCUGAACACCCUUACCACGCGACCAGUCCCCACCACGCCCGAUCAAGGAUGCUAGAGGUUUCAACGACUAAAAUGGAGCCCUCCAAAGCAGCAGUUUUCCAGAGUCAGACGGAGAUGGUGGAAGAGGAGGAAGAAUACACAGGUCCAUGUCAUCCUGAAUGUGGCAACAAAGGCUGCGAUGGUCCUAAUGCAGAUCAGUGCUGGAACUGCGUCCAUUAUAGUCUUGGAAAUGGUAAAACUGGCAGGCUGUGUGUGAGCUCAUGCCCUCCUGGGUAUUUUGGGGACAACUCAAGUGGGAAAUGCCGAAGAUGCCAGAAGGGGUGCGAAACCUGUACAGGCAAGGGCCGGAAUCAAUGUACAUCUUGCCGCCGUGGUUUCUAUCACCACCAGGAAACACACAUGUGUGUGGCGUUGUGUCCAGCUGGGUUUUACUCAGAUGAAAGUCAAAAACUCUGUCUUGAAUGUCGUGAAAGCUGUAAAAAAUGUGCUGAUGAUCCAGUUAAACGUGUUCUCUGCAAGGAUGGCUUCAGCAGCCCGUUGGGGGCAGACUGUACCCCUGCAUGCCAGCCAGGCCUGUACUUCAGCAAAGAGAGCCGGAAAUGCGAGAGGUGCCACGCGAGCUGCCAGACGUGUGUCGGGCCAGGCAAAGAAGCCUGUAUACAAUGUGCCAAACAUUUCCACCUGCACGAGUGGCGAUGUGUCCCUGCUUGCAGCCAGGGGUUUUACCCUGAGGAGGUGCCAGGUCUGCCUUCUAAAGUCUGCACCAGAUGUGAUGACAACUGUUCAGCCUGUGAAGGCUCCAGGGACAACUGCAUCAAGUGUAAGGAAGGUUUCACUCUUCACGUCGGCUCGUGCGUGACAAACGUAUCCUGCCUGGAAGAGUCUCCUGUUCCUGACCGAGGCCCUUCAACUUUCAAGACUCUCUGUGAGAUUGUGAAAUCCAAAAAGCUCUGUGAAAUGAAGCUGUUUGUUCAGUUAUGCUGUCAGACAUGUCUCGUGGCUGGAUAAAUUUCAGUAUCUUGCAUCCAGGAAUUCCACCACCCUGCAAGCCCAGUUUGCUGAACCUUUGGGAUAAAAGUUUUUUGUUCUUUUUUUCAACUUUGGAAGACUUUACACAAUGCAGCCUAACAUCGGUUUGUCAGUUUGGUAAUGUUAAUAUCUCGGUCAAUUUGUUUCUACAGCAAUAUCAUGAAUGACAUUAAAGCUAGGUAGGAUCUUGGUAAUUAAGGCCCCAAAAAUAUAAAACAAAUGGCAAUAUUAAUACUCUCAAAUACUUCUCUUGACUGGGAACUGAUGUGGGAUCCAGACACCUCACCUUGUUUCUUAGUCAAAAUCCUUUCCAUUCAACCAUUUCAAGGGCAUAGCAGGAGAUCAGACUUGGAAGCACCCAGCACUUCUGUGCCUCGGAGACGCUAUUGAUGGUUAAAUACUUUCUGUUCUUUUAUGCUGGUAGUUCAUGGCUGAUAAAAAUCCAUGUUACAAAAAAACCCAAGUACUGUAGUAAAGUAUUUUUCUGUUCUUUACAUGUGUAAAAUAAUGAACUGAGUAACCUGAACUGAAUAAUCUGCUGAAUAAAAGAUGUAAAGCCAAGUGUUCAGGUUACCCAUUGGCGUCUGUUGUUAACUGUUUCUGUCCGGCCAUAAACAUGGCAAUAAGCAAAGAUUUGAGGACCAUCUUUAGUUAGUGUAAGGGGGACAAUCCAAUGCACCUGCUAGUGUCAGAUCUUAACUUAGCCCAUAGCAUCCUUCAGGGUCCUCAUCCAGCCUGUUGUUGCAUGCAAGCUUGUCCCCACACAGAUCCCUACUGAUUCAGUGGGACUGUGGCCAGACAUAAGGGUCUAGCCACAUGGAUCAGGAGUCUUAUUUAUUCAUCCAUUUCUCUUCUGAAAUAACCAUUAAGUUGUUGAUGAACUCAGGUCUGAUCAUUGAAACAGGCUAAGUUCUUCCUCUCCUAGCUACAUGAGAUGGUUUUCCCAUAUUUUUUACUUUUCAGUGCUUUGCAUCAAAGCCUUGUCUAUAUGACAACUUGUUGAUGGGCUUAACACCUUACUCUGGCAAAAUCCUCCUAUUGAUGGCAGCAGACUGACUUUCUUAGGCAUCUGCUUCCAAAAGAGACAUGUUGAUGAUCUGGUCAAGAAGCAUCCUCCCUAUCCAGUACAGAAAACCAAUCAGAAUCUUUUCUCUCUGUCUCCAAACAGGAUGUCAUGUGGUAGUUGUAUAAUUGUUUAAAGUGUAUUUGGCUAUCGUGUUGUCUUAAGAUUGUUUAUAAUAACUUAUAUGUUUUUCUCCACCAAUUAUUAUUAUUAUGGGAUGUGGGAAAUAUUUUAUGUGUCUUAUUCAUGUGUUUCUCCUUCUCUGGAACCUCCCUAGUGAGACUUUUUACAAAUAUGUUAUUUUCAUUGGACAUAUGUAUGUUGCAUGUUCUGAUUUUCAUUGUUAAUAGGUUUAACAAGUUAAACCUUCUGCCAGUGGGUUUAACUUUAAAUUCACAGUUAAAGCUUUAUCAGUUCUUUAUGAAGCAGGAAGAAGCCAUUUUUUAAUUCAAAUUAUUUGCACCCUGUCUGGGCCUGGGCCUGGGCCUGAAACCUCAGCCAGUUGAACACGGGACAGCCAAAUGCCAUUGUUCAUAAAACCAAAUGGAUCAACAACCACGUAAAGGUGAAGCUUCUAUGAACUGACCAUUAACUGAAUAAAUUGUUUACAUCCA